AACCGAUUUUAGAACUUUCUACAAACACAGGGGCUCAGAAGGAACGUUAAAUGACUGCAGGAUAAUAUUCACAGAUGAAAUCUUCAAGAUCGAGAAGCCUGGAGCCCACCCCCUUUCAUUUGCAGAUGGAAAGUUUUUAAGGAAGAACGACCCCGAGUGUGACCGGUGUGGUGGGGACCCAGACCAGACGUGCCGCUCCUGCUCCUGUCACGUGUGUGGUGGGAAACACGAGCCCAGCAAGCAGCUCCUGUGCGACGAGUGUAACCUGGCCUUCCACAUCCACUGCCUGGACCCGCCUCUGGAGAAGAUCCCCGAAGAGGAAUACUGGUAUUGCCCUUCCUGUAAAACGGAUUCCAGCGAGGUUGUGAAGGCUGGCGAACGACUGAAGAUGAGCAAAAAGAAAGCAAAGAUGCCGUCAGCUAGCACUGAGAGCCGGAGAGACUGGGGCCGGGGAAUGGCCUGUGUUGGUCGUACCAGAGAAUGUACCAUUGUUCCUUCAAAUCAUUAUGGACCUAUUCCUGGGAUUCCUGUCGGAUCAACUUGGAGAUUUAGAGUUCAGGUGAGCGAAGCGGGCGUCCAUCGGCCCCAUGUCGGUGGAAUCCAUGGCCGGAGUAACGAUGGGGCUUACUCUCUCGUCCUGGCUGGUGGAUUUGCAGAUGAAGUUGACCGAGGGGACGAGUUCACCUACACGGGAAGCGGUGGGAAAAACCUCGCCGGAAACAAAAGGAUCGGUGCCCCGUCGGCUGACCAGACCCUGACAAACAUGAACAGGGCACUGGCCCUAAACUGUGAUGCUCCAUUGGAUGAUAAAAUUGGAGCAGAGUCUCGGAAUUGGAGAGCUGGUAAGCCAGUCAGAGUGAUACGCAGUUUUAAAGGGAGGAAGAUCAGCAAAUAUGCUCCUGAAGAAGGCAACAGAUAUGAUGGCAUUUAUAAGGUGGUGAAAUACUGGCCAGAGAUUUCAUCAAGCCAUGGGUUCUUGGUUUGGCGCUAUCUUCUACGAAGGGACGAUGUUGAGCCUGCGCCCUGGACCUCGGAAGGAAUAGAGCGCUCAAGGAGGCUGUGUCUCCGUUUACAGUAUCCAGCAGGUUACCCUUCAGACAAGGAAGCCAAGAAGACAAAAGGACAGUCAAAGAAGCAGACCAAUGAGACCUCAAAAAGGCUGAAUGCAGAUGAUGAGUGUCCAAGUGCCUCCAAAGUGGUCAAAGCGACAGAGUCAGCGGAAGCGGUGGAGCCUUUCCAGCUCAGCCCUCAGCAGCAGCAUCUGAUUGGAGAAGACCACCCCAACCAGAAGCUGUGGGACGAAGUGCUGGCAUCUCUUGGGGAAGGACCAAAUUUUCUGAAAAAGUUGGAGCAGUCUUUUAUGUGCGUCUGCUGCCAGGAGCUAGUCCACCAACCUGUGACAACUGAGUGCCUCCACAACGUCUGCAAAGAUUGCCUGCAGCGCUCCUUUAAGGCGCACGUCUUCUCCUGCCCCGCCUGCCGGCAUGACCUGGGCCAGGAAUACGUCAUGAUUCCCAAUGAGAACCUUCAGACUCUCCUGGACCUGUUCUUCCCUGGCUACAGCAAAGGCCGGUGAUCUGGCCCCAUCUACGACCAUCCAUCCAGACAGACUCUUCUGCGGGUGGGAAGGGGGAGGCGACAGAGGGCCCAUUUCUCACGUUCUGAAGCAGCUAAUCCUCUACCACAUAGCCGCCAUCUUGUGUGUCGUAGGAGGCCCAUUGCUCGACCACUCUCUGAGAUGCCAACCGGUGGUUCCUGCCAGGCACAGCCAGUUCCACCGAACCCGAGUCCAAGGCGCAGUCCUACCAGUCGAUACCAAGUUAUGAUUUCUUUUGCAACUACCUCAGGACAGAAAGGACGGGGGGAGGGGGGGCUUUUAAAAAAAUCAUGGAGAAAAAAAUGCGUCCAUUGAAAUUCUAGCUACUCACUGCCUCCCAGAUCUGCUUUGUGCCUGGUCCCGGGAUCUGAUGACAGGAAGGAAGUGGCUGGGCUUGUUGGCACGGACAGCGCAGCCUGCUUGUGUGCUGUGCGUCGUGUCUGUGUGUAGUGUCUCUUCAUCCACAACAGUGUGUCUUUGCGAGGGCAGCUCCAUUGUUUUGUGGCCCAUCUCGUGAGCUCCAUUGUGCUUUUUUUCCUCGUGUUUUAUGCAAGUUGACUACUAAGGCCUCGGGAGGAUCUGGAGGUGCCGCACCUGCGGUGGGGGUGUGGUGUGGGGCUCUGCACCUCGGAGGGCUGCUCCGGAGAUCUAGCGGGCAAAACGCGUGCAAAGCCACGGCGGGGCUGGCCCCCGGGGCCCCCACAUCUGCAGAGCAAUGAGGGCAGCGCCGACCUUCAGGAGGAUUGAAAUUGCUUCAUACUGUGAUCCUACGUUUUUAUAUUCACCGUAUUCCCCAAAGUAUACCUUAAUAAAUAUUUUAUGUCCAGAAAACCA